ACGGGCUAGGGAACAGUAGGCAGGCAGUGAAGCAGGCAGGCAGGCUGCCGACUAAAGCCAGUGAGUCCAGGUUUGGGGGUCAGGAACCGGUCUGACCACAGAAUGGAGAGUCUGUGCUUAUACUAGGUUUCAGGAAAAUAUGCUGUGGAGGAUGUACAUGGAAAACAGAAGGAGGCUUCCACGGAUACAGCCAGGGAAUGUCAAGACAUGUUUCAGGCCAUAGGGAGUGCAACUAAAGAUGUCCGAUAGUGUCGAUAUUGAAGAAAAACCACCUGCCCCCCCCUUGAGAAUGAACAGUAGUUCCCGUGACCCUUCCUCAGUACACAGUUCCAAACCACUUCCAAUGGCUCCAGAAGAGAAGAACAAGAAAGCCCGUCUCAGGUCCAUCUUUCCCGGGGGAGACAAAACCAAUAAGAAGAAAGAGAAAGAGCGUCCAGAGAUAUCCCUGCCCUCUGAUUUCGAGCACACCAUCCAUGUAGGCUUUGACGCGGUAACGGGGGAGUUCACUGGUAUUCCAGAGCAAUGGGCUCGGUUAUUGCAGACCUCUAAUAUUACUAAGCUGGAACAGAAGAAAAACCCUCAGGCUGUUAUAGAUGUUCUCAAGUUCUACGACUCCAAAGAGACUGUCAACAACCAGAAAUACAUGAGCUUCACGUCAGGAGAUAAAUCUGCUCAUGGUUACCUUGCAGCCAAUACACUGAACCGCCUCCUGUCUUCCGGGCCACCUGUCAGCCUUAGAACCUGCAGCGCGUUUUUUGACAAGCAAGGGGCUAAGACAACUUCUGAACCUCCUAUUGCACCUCCGGUGUCUGAAGAGGAAGACGAGGAAGAGGAGGAUGAAGAGGAAGAAGAUGAUGAUGAGGAUGAGGAUGAGGUUCCACCCAUCAUCGCUCCACGGCCUGAGCACACCAAAUCCAUCUUCACACGCUCUGUUAUUGAGCCAGUUGCACCUCCUGCUUCUGUCAAAGAGGUCACGACCCCUCCAGAGUCACAAGUCCAGCCGGAAAACACGUCUAGUACGCUGUACCGUCACACUGACCGACAGAGGAAGAAAUCCAAGAUGACAGAUGAGGAAAUACUGGAAAAACUCAGAAGCAUUGUUAGUGUCGGGGAUCCCAAGAAGAAAUAUACACGUUUUGAGAAAAUUGGACAAGGGGCAUCUGGGACAGUAUACACAGCUAUUGACAUUGCCACAGGACAAGAGGUGGCCAUUAAACAGAUGAAUCUGCAACAGCAGCCAAAGAAAGAGCUCAUUAUUAACGAGAUUCUCGUGAUGAGGGAAAACAAAAACCCCAAUAUAGUCAACUACCUGGACAGUUAUCUAGUAGGAGAUGAGUUGUGGGUGGUGAUGGAGUAUUUGGCAGGUGGUUCACUAACUGAUGUGGUAACCGAGACCUGCAUGGAUGAGGGACAGAUUGCUGCAGUGUGCAGAGAGUGUCUACAGGCUCUGGACUUCCUCCAUUCUAAUCAGGUGAUUCAUAGAGAUAUCAAGAGUGACAACAUUCUCCUGGGCAUGGAUGGUUCUGUAAAACUCACGGAUUUUGGGUUUUGUGCUCAGAUCACACCUGAGCAGAACAAGCGUAGCACUAUGGUGGGUACACCCUACUGGAUGGCCCCAGAGGUCGUAACCCGGAAGGCCUAUGGCCCUAAAGUGGACAUCUGGUCCCUGGGCAUCAUGGCUAUUGAAAUGGUGGAGGGAGAACCGCCAUACCUGAAUGAGAACCCACUCAGGGCCCUGUAUUUAAUUGCAACCAAUGGAACUCCAGAGCUACAAAAUCCCGAACGGCUAUCCUCAGUGUUUCGAGACUUCCUUAACCGCUGUCUGGAGAUGGAUGUAGACCGGAGAGGGUCAGCAAAAGAAUUGCUGCAGCACUCAUUCCUGAAGCUUGCCAAACCCCUCUCCAGUUUGAGUCCGCUGAUUGUAGCUGCCAAGGAAGCCAUCAAGAAUAGCAGCCGCUAGGAUCUUCCCCCUACACACACACACACACACACAUGCAUACACAUUCAUACACACAGAGUGCAGGUACAGUGUGUUUAUGUGUCAUAGCACAAUUACACAAUAUCUGAAUCUGGACACACACAAUAACAUAAGCACAUGCUUGCACAUGCACUUACCCUUAUAAGGGUGAUUGACAGCAAUUCAAGGCCUUUGGGAUGGGAUCGGCCCCUGCUGCCUGCCCUAACACACACACACACGCACACACACACGUUGUGAUGUAUGGAACUGCCGCACUAGUCCAUCAGUGUGUGUUCACCUCUACACAUCUGGAAAGGAGACAAACUGAAAAACAACUCCUGUUUUCCUUCUCCCUGAAAUGAAAGAUGAUAUGGAUUACAGUAGACAUUUCAAAUCAUCCAAUCUCUUAUUUAAUCUAUUCUGUACUCUCUUGGAUUACAAGCAACCUUCUUUGGGUUUUACAGUUUUUCCUGUGCCUGAAGAAGUGUACCUCCAAAUCUCGGGAUCUCCUCAAGACAUCUGCAUGACUGUCUACCACAGCUAUUCACAGCAAUCAUUUCCUUUCUACAUUGUGUGCGCUAAAUAAGAGAGCACACAACAGUAUGCUUGAGAGAAAGAGAGAGAGAGAGAGCUUGAGAGCAAGAGACAUAAGAACAAAGAUUAAUCUCACCAAAAACAUGUCCAGGUCAUAUUUCGUCCCAAAAUAAAAAACUAUUCAGCAUGAAUUAAAUUAUGAAUAUUUUCAGGACUAUUAAUACUAAGAUUUUUGGAUUAAGACAUUCAAACGAAG